GCCAUUUUGUUUUAUUUCCGUUCAGGUUUUAGUAUACCAGCAAAAAUGACUUCUGUGCAGCUUGAUAUGAACAUGUCUCUAACUGGGGCCGACUUAAUGAGCGCAGUAAAUACCUUUACAUCAUCCAAGGAGUUCGUCAAGAAGGUGUUACGUAUCGCCAUGCUAAACAUAAUUUAUCACCGUCUGCAGAUAGAAGAGUCGAACUUUUUAACAAAGGAUUUCUUCGGCAUGUCGUACCGGGUACAAAAAAAAAAUUGUAGAGACCCAAUCCUUGUGACUUAUUAUGCAGCAAUGCGAGGAAUAUUCGAUGCUAUAGAUAAAAACUACCUUAAGAAUGUGUAUUUAAUAAUGAAAAACUGGGAAAAGAACGACAUAGAGGAGAUGUACGUAUUGACAGUGAAAUACAACAUUAAAGGUAAACCGGAGAAGCGCACUAUGCAGGAUCUUAAAAGAAUGGUCAAAUCGAACAUGUUGCACUUCUUGACCGUGUUAGAGAAGUUGCCCAAAUUGAACAGGAACAUUAUUCCCCACUUCGAGAUAUCCUAUAACAAGAGUGCACCACAGGAUUACGUGCCCGUACACUAUGAGAAAUCGGACGACAACCUCUGUCCUAAGAAUGACACUGGCUAUGACUUUCCACUUAUGAGAGUCAGAACUGGUUAUCAUUUAAUCCAAGGCGUCAUUAAGGGCAAGAUAUCCGACAAACUGCAUGAAAUGAGGUUGGAAUCGCCUGAGUCAUUUGUGAGAACCCCAACGGAUGUAAGUUCGGUCGAAGACCCUAUAAUUAUCAUCAGCGACAUUUCCGAUAUGGAUAUCGAAAUGCCCACUUUAACACCACGCCUGAGUUGUGUCUGUGGCCUGAACGACGUAGACAUAGAAGCAGACGUGUUAACCUGCGUUGAAUGUAAAUAUAGGAGCCAUUUGCCCUGCAACGGGUAUAUGGAGGAGCCUAACGACAAUUACAAGUGCUUCUUCUGUUACCCGCACCAGGAUCCGACUUUGUAUUGCCUGGGGCAUGCCGAGAGGCGACACAUGGCACGUGUUCGCCUCUGUCUGGUCUACAUGAGUAGAAACAAGAGAAUGCCGAAGCAGAUGUUCGAGAUUUUUGGUGAGAACACUAGUCAGAUAAUUAUAAAGCAACUCCAGGACCUCAAUAUUCUCUUUGGGAACUCUUUAGAAACGAUGUGUAUUCGCCAGAAUAUUUUAGAAUAUCGUAUGAAAACACUUUUUGACAAAUAUUAAGACUUUGUUAAUUAUUUCAUAGUUUGACUAAAGUUUUAGUAAUAAUUAGUUUCUAAUAUA